UCCUCGAUCAUCGAUGUAGCUAUAUAGAUUGCACAGAGAGACACAGGUCCUAAAUCCGAGCUCAUCAGUCACCACUUCACUACAACCAACCAUGGAAGGACUCUACGUCGGCGCCGUCACCUUCGUGCUCCUCGUCUUGCUCCACUACCUCUUGGUGGGGCGCAGGAAGCAGCGGCGGCUGCCACCCGGGCCGCGGUUCGCGUUCCCCAUCCUCGGCCACCUCCCCUUGCUCAAGAAGCCGCUCCAGACCUCGCUUGCCGACCUCGCGGCGCGCCACGGCCCGGUCGUCCACCUGCGCCUCGGCAGCCGCCACGCCGUCGUCAUCGGCUCGGCGGAGCUGGCGAAGGAGUGCUUCUCCGGGGAGCUCGACGUCGCGAUCGCCAACCGACCGCACUUCCCGUCCGUGCGGGAGGCCUCCUUCGACUACUCGGUGCUCACCGUCGCGAACUACGGCGCGCUCUGGCGCACCAUGCGCCGCGUCGCAACCGUGCACCUCCUCUCGACCCACCGGGUCAACAUCAUGUCCGACAGCGUCAUCGCACGCGAGCUGCGUGCCAUGGCGCGCCGCCUCGCCCGCGCCUCAGCCGCCGCGCCGGGCGGCGCCGCCAGGGUAGAGCUGAAGCGGAGGCUGUUCGAGCUCUCCCACAGCGUCCUCAUGGAGAUCAUGGCGCAGACCAGGAACACCUAUGGCAACGACGUGGACGAGGACAUGUCGAAGGAGGCGCGGGAGAUGAAGGACAUCGUGGAAGCGAUCGUCCCGCUUGUUGGCGUGGCCAACCUGUGGGACUACAUGCCCCUGCUCCGGUGGCUGGAUGUGUACGGCGUGAAGAGGAAGCUCGCGGACGCGGUUAACCGAAGGGACGUGUUCAUCUACAAGAUGAUCGACGCAGAGAGGCAGAAGCUGAAGCAGCUGGAACGCAACAACGGCGAGGGCGACGCCAACGACUCCGACGACAAGAAGAGCAUGGUCGGCGUCAUGCUGUCGCUGCAGAAAACAGAGCCAGACGUGUACACGGAUACCUUUAUCAGCGCUCUCGUGGCAAAUAUUCUCGGCGCCGGCACGGAGACGACCUCAACGACUAUGGAAUGGACAAUGACUCUCCUGCUUAAUCACCCAGAUGUACUGAAAAAGGCGCAAGAAGAAAUCGACUCGAACGUCGGAGGGGAUCGUCUUCUUGACAAGAACGACCUUCCCCAUCUGCCGUACCUCCACUGCAUCAUCAACGAGACUCUCCGGCUGUACCCUGCCGCGCCGAUGCUACUACCUCACGAGGCAUCCACCGACUGCAAGAUCCAUGGAUAUGAUGUCCCGGUAGGGUCGAUGGUCCUUGUCAAUGCCUAUGCCAUCCACAGGGAUCCGGCAAUAUGGGAGAACCCAGAGGAGUUCAGACCGGAAAGGUUUGAGCAUGGCAGAGCCGAGGGAAAGUUUAUGAUGCCAUUCGGGAUGGGAAGGCGCAAGUGUCCUGGGGAGAAUCUCGCCAUGCGGACCAUGGGGCUGGUUCUCGGGGUGCUGCUCCAGUGCUUCGAUUGGAGCAGGAUUGGAGAUGGAGAGGUUGACAUGGCAACAGGCACCGGCACCAUCAUGUUUAAGGCUGUCCCUCUUGAAGCUCUCUGCAAGCCACGGGCGCACAUGUAUGCUGUUCUUCAGAAAAUCUAGGGUGAAAUUGUGAAAUUUUAUAGGUAACAAAUAAAUGCCACAUAUCUUGAGGAGCCAGAGGGACCUUCCCCCUAUCCUUCUUGCACCUACAAGCCCAUAUAAAUAUUGACCAUGUUUUUGCACUAAAAUCUUGAAUCCCCCUCCCCCAAUUGACAAUUUGCUACACUUUGGCCUCCCUAUAUUUCUUUUCUAGCUUCGCCCUUGUAUCUAUAUACUGCUUAUAUAUUGCGUAUAACAGUUUCUUGAUUAACAUUGUGCAUGUAUAUUGCAUACUUGUACUUGUAAACACUAUUGUAUGCAUAAUAUCAUGUUCUUUGGGAUUUACCGUGUGGAAUUGAACGGUGACA